AGAAAGGUAAACACUCAUUAUGAGUCCAUACCUGAGGCGCUGACUGUGUGGUGGGUGAAACAUUCAGAGAAGAGGAAACUUCAGCGCUCAUUAACCACAGAUUGAAACAGUCACAGACUCACUCUUAUAACUUACCAAUGUGGGUGUUUAGGGUAGAGGAACACACACCCGCUGGCACGUAGACGGUCGAGUUCCUGUUCUCUUCUAAGAGAAACUGUGCUCACUUUGUGACAGAAGUCAGUGCGAAGAUGAAGGUGAUCAUCAGCUGCUGCCUGUUUGCCUUCCUCCUGAGCUGUAACCUCACUGCAGCAAUCAUCCAUAAAAUAGUCGAGCAGAAGAAAUCAAUCGCUUUACCCUGUCCUCACCCUGUGGAUAAAGUGAAGUGGAGCAGAGAGAAGAAUGGAAACAAAACUGACUUAAUGACAGUUGAGGGUGAAAAAGAGACAAAACACAUUUCAGACCCAUAUAAAUAUUACAGUUCAUUAGCAGAUAAAUCUCUAAUGAUACGAAGAGCAAUGUUCUCAGACGAUGGAAGAUAUUUGUGUAACGAUGAAGCAGCUGUGGAUCUGACGGUGACCCCACCAGGAACAGUCGUUCUCGAGGCAACAGAGAGGACCAGGGUCACUCUGAAAUGUCCUGAUGUUUCAGACGAUCACGGAUGGUGGACAGACGUUGUAGACAUAAAACAACAAAGACGGUUUGUUGUUUCAAAAGUUGAAAAGACGUUGACAAUAAAAAGAGUGAAUGCUGCUGACUCUGGACUUUACUACUGCGGUGAAAAACCUGCUGCGUACCUGAACGUGAUCAGAGAUGAUGCGUCUGACAGAGGGAACGAGGCUGAACCCACACAACCACCUACAAGACAAACAGUAGCAAUGACAACUGUUCCAUUAACAACACGGGAAAACAGUAACAUGGCAACGACAAAGAAAGAAAAGUCCAACAACGAAUCCACAGAAGACGAGGAUAAUAGUCACAAGGCUAAAACCACUGAACCAUCUACAAGACAAACAGCAGCAGCAACAACUGUUUCAUUAACAACACGGGCAAACAGUAACAUGGCAACGACAAAGAAAGGAAAGUCCAACAACGAAUCCACAGAAGACGAGGAUAAUAGUCACAAGGCUAAAACCACUAAACCACCUACAAGACAGACAGCAGCAGCAACAACUGUUCCAUUAACAACGGCAAACAGUAACAUGGCAACAACAAAGCAACAAAAGUCCAAGAACAAAUCCACAGAUGAGGACAAUAAGAACUCCAAAGACACUCCAGGUUUGGUGUCAAGGAUGUAUAUCUUCAUCACCGUCCUCAUCAUCAUCCUCAUCAUUAUCCUCAUCAUUAUAGUCACUGUCUAUUGUAAAAAAAGAAGAUUUAAAAAAGGAGGUAAAAAAGAAGAAGCUAUUUAUGAAGAAAUACCGGAUGCAUUGUUUCAGCCACAAAAUGACAGAUUAAACCAAAAUGAUCCCACGUAUUCCACCAUCUCUGAGCUUCCUCUGAUGGAGAAGCCAACUGACACAAUUCUACCUAAUGAGUCCCCUUACUCCUGCAUCGGAGACACAGUAGGUAGAGAUUACACAGAUUUGACGCAGUCGAAUGAAAGCCCAUAUUUUUUACUGAAGAAACCUGAAACACCCGAGAACAACAACGACGUGACGUCUGCAGUUUGAGCGGAAAAUUCUUCAGUUGUCGAUAAAACCUGCUUCUUCAAGAAGAAGCCUUGUUUCCACUAGAGACUGUAAAUAAUAAAGUUUGAAGCCUGAGUGACCCGUCUGUUCCUGCAGGGGACACUGAAGUCCCAUCGA